GCAGGGACACGUUGCCGUUUAAAGGCCGGCGCUUUUACUGACGACGCGUCUCCAGCUAAUGGUGCCUCUCGCAGUUCCCUGUUCCGGCUCCGUCUUUCACCUUUUAAUUACAGGCCUCCCGCGGGACUCGGGAGUGGCUUUCUGUGACCUCAGGGUGCGCCCCGAGCGGCUGACAACGCAGAGAGCUGCGCAAUGAGCGAGCGUGUGCGCAUAGGUGGGAUCAGGAACAAUGGGUGUGUAGCGACGGAAGAGACAUAAAAAAAAACCAAAAACAACAACCCACGGAACAACCUCUCCCUGACGUUUGAUCGGAUCGUUUAAUCGGUAGGAUGUCCAAGCGGAUCAGACCCGGUUAUUACCGCCAAGACGUCAACAAAACUUCAUGGGAAGUACCGGAGCGGUACCGGGACCUGAAGCAGGUGGGGACCGGGGCGUACGGGACGGUAUGCUCGGCAGUGGACUCCAGAACCGGAACCAAAGUAGCGAUCAAGAAGCUGUACAGACCUUUCCAGUCGGAGCUGUUCGCCAAGCGGGCCUACAGAGAGCUGAGGCUCCUCAAACAUAUGAAACAUGAAAAUGUGAUUGGCCUAUUAGAUGUCUUCACCGCUGACCUCUCUCUGGACAGAUUCCAUGAUUUUUACCUGGUGAUGCCGUUCAUGGGGACGGAUCUGGGGAGGCUGAUGAAGCUGCAGAGGCUGACCGAGGAUAAAAUUCAGUAUCUGGUUUACCAGAUGCUGAAAGGGCUGAAGUACAUUCAUUCUUCUGGCAUCAUUCACAGAGACCUCAAACCAGGAAAUCUCGCCAUCAACCAAGACUGUGAGCUCAAGAUCUUGGACUUUGGUUUGGCGCGGCAGGCGGACAGCGAGAUGACGGGGUAUGUGGUGACGCGCUGGUACAGAGCCCCAGAGGUCAUCCUGAGCUGGAUGCACUACACGCAGACUGUGGACAUUUGGUCCGUGGGCUGCAUCAUGGCGGAGAUGCUGCAAGGAAAACCCCUUUUUAAAGGCAGCGACCACUUAAAUCAGCUGACUGAGAUCAUGAAGGUCACAGGAACCCCGACUCAGGAGUUUGCAUCAAAACUAGUAUCUGACGACGCCAGAGGCUAUGUCAAAAGCCUUCCGAAAGUGGAGAAGAAAGACCUUCAGAGUGUGUUUUCCACAACUAAUCCACAAGCCGUAGCCGUGCUGGAGCGCAUGUUAUUGCUGGAUCCGGAGAGCAGGGUGACCGCCGAGGAGGCUCUCAUGCUGCCCUACUUCACCGAGUUCAGAGAACCGGAGGAGGAGACGGUGCCGCAGCAGUAUGACCACUCGUUAGACAACACGGACCAGUCCUUGGCCCAGUGGAAACGUCACACCUUCACAGAGAUCUUGACCUUCAAACCGGUGGUGCCAGAUUCCAAGGAAACUGCGCUGUAAGACACACUGUGUCCGUGGUGCAGAGUGGGGACCAGAACAAACUAUCAUGGCUUCUUCUGAACCUUGAUCUCAACUGGGAGAACCCUUUGAUCACAAGGGUCUAUGAACUCUCAAUUAUCUUCUGCAAUUCAGUUAGUUUUAUUUUAUUUAGUAUGGUCUCAAAUCAGAUAUUACAAAGGGAGAGCGACAGAGGAAGGAUCCCUCUGCCGGGAUUGAUGGACUACAAUGGAUGUCACAUGUACAGGAGGAACAACAUAAAAGAUGCACGGUACGUUCAUUUCGUACGACAGGAAUGAUUCACAUAUUGAGAUUAGUAAGGACCACUGCAAGGACAUCCACCAUCAGAUACACCCACCAUCCACAGAGACCUCUUAUAAGCGCAAGCUGCUCUGUCACGUCUUGCGUUUGACCUUCAAAAUCUCAUUGGUCCUGUAGCUUCCUGACUCUAGCACCAGACCUUCCCACCAUGUCCUACAGUUUACCGAGGGCAAGAGUUCAGUUGCUGUAAGUCAAGUAUUCAUAUUAUUCAAUAAGCAAAUAUUGCACAUAAACAAGGAAUUAUUGGGUACUUGGGUUAUUCGGUUCAAUUCCCCUUCAGUGGUACAUGUACUGUAUGUUGCAUGAGUUUUUAAGGCUAUUUCUUUCUGGUAGUAUGUUUUGUGAAGUAGCUUUCCCUUAUCUAAGUACGGGUCCUUAAAAAGGACAUUUGAUUUACAUUAAUGAGACCUCCUCUUGUGUGUGUGUGUGUGUGUGUGUGUGUGUGUGUGUGUGUGUGCGUAUGUGCGUGUGGCAGGGGGCCGUCUACAUGCCUGCUCUGACCUCUUUAUUCAUCCUAGUUGCCUUAAGAUAACAACAAACAAAAAAACACUGCCCAGCUGCUGAUUGUGCAAAUUCCAUCCCAGCAUUCACAUUAUAGUCACCCAGUAAAACCAGACGUACAACCGAUUAUAUUGUUUUUAGAAACAAAGACACUGGCAGACAACACAUUGUCUAUGUUGAUUGUUGACUUGAUGUAAACACCACUCGUUUUUAUCAUUAAAGAUUCUCCAAUUAUG